UCCGAUUGGUCGCCACGCAUGCGCAGGCAAGCGCUUGUGCGAAUGCUGAAACAACGCUAGCACGUUUCCUUCGUACAGUAUGACUCGCUUCGUUUCAGUCGUAUUUGGUGUGUCCACGUUUAAUCGGCAGCCUGCCAGUGUAUCCAGAAGACCGACGUUCGAUAAAUAAUUGCCAGUAGCCAUGGAUGAGGAAUGGGAUGUAGAUAAUGUCGAAGCGAAAUUUGAUCUCGCCAUGAGAUCAAACAAGUGGGAAGGUGAAGACGAGGAGGAGGAAGUUAAGGAUAGCUGGGAAGAUGUUGAAGAGGAGAAGAAAGAUAUAGAGAAACCAGCAGAUGUACCAAAAGCAAAGCCAAAACCUAAAAAGGCAUUGGCUGAAAGAAUUGAGGAGCGUGAGAAAAAGGCAAGAGAAGAAGCAGAGCAGAAAGCAAAAGAGAAGGAAGAGGCUCUUACACCGGAAGAGAGGCGAGCUGAGGUGUUAAGGCGCCAGAGGUUGCAAGAAGAGGCAGAUUUACGACUGGCGAUGGAAACUUUCGGUACAGGAGAAGAGUUAGGUGAUUCAAUCGAUGCCAUGGCACCCGACACAAAAGAGGAAUUCGAUCAAUUUGGUGCUGUUCUUUCACAAAAAAUUAAUCAAUUUAGCAAACACGCAGACUUCCCAUACUUUGCAGAGGAGCUUAUAAAGUCCAUUGCUCUCAAUUUAUCUUCAAAUUGUUUAAAGAAAGUGAAAACUACAAUUGACAACUUGCUCAUUGAAAAGCAAAAAAUGGAGAAAUCGGACAAAGCAAAGAAAAGCAAGGGAAAAGGAAAGGCUAAGCUCAAAAUUGAGGGAGAAAAUAAUUUAUUAAGCGAGUAUGGUGAUUAUGUAUAUGACGAAUUUAACGAUUUUAUGUAGCGACUUUUCAUAUGUUCAAUAUUCUAGUCGCCUAAGAUACUUGCAGGAGAAAAUUGAUUUGCAAAUUUAUACAAAGAUUUUAUAUUUGCAAAAUGUACACACACACAACAGUUUAUCUAUACUCCAUGAUAUCGUUUACGUGACGUAACGAGUUGAAAAUAGGAAUGAAAACUAGUAAGAAAAAUAAUACCGAUGAACAUGGUUAGAAAACACACUUUUUAACAAUUAUACGAUAAUGUAGCACUCGGAUGUUUUCUGCAGUUUUCCCAGAACAGUUGGACAUUAAAUAAUUUACCUGUUGAGUUUGGUCAGAUUUUUAUCUAUAUGUCUGUCAUCAUUAAACUCUGUCUGAUAUUAAAACUUCUGUUUCCUUGUUUUGUAGUCACCGCUGAUUGAAGCAAAAAGAUGUAUGCCUAAAAUUCCUGUGAAACAAUUAUUAACAGAGGCAGCAAUUAUUAACUGACUAAUGAGACAAUUAAUCAGAAUAAUAAAUCAGUUGAUUUUUACGAGGAAUUUUAUGGCUAUUGAUUAUUAUUAUUAUUAUUAUUAUUAUUAUUUUGAGUAUUCCGAUCUGCUCCUGACGUUAUCGAUCUGAAACUACAGCAAGGAGCCAGAAGCUUUAAAAUCAAUGACAAUUUUAAUAAAAUUUAAGAGCAUAUAGUGGAAAAUAUGUUCUGAGUGAUGUUCGUGCGAUUCUCCGAUUUAUCAGCAGAAGAUUGUAUUAAGAGUAGCAGGGGAUGAAAAGUAUUACAUUACAUUUGAUUUACAAUCCCAAGCUGUUAAAAAACUUACAUGUGUCUUUAUAUAAGCGUCAUUGCAGAUUAAAUCGUGUAAUUACAUUAUGGAAGUUUUAUAUAACACAGCUUAUAUACAUACAGCUUAUAUACUUUUACCGAAAAUUGGUUACAAGUUGGUUUUGCAAAGAGUAUAUUCCUAAAUAAAGGUUGAUUAUAAAUUA